AUGGCUCUCAUAAUCAACCAAGAACAUGGGGAGUUGUAUUUAGAAGCAAUUCAAAAAUAUCCCGUUGAUGAGGCCAUUGAUCAAGACUCUGAGAAGCGGCUUGUCCGUAAGCUUGAUUUGCGGAUUCUUCCCCUUCUAGGAAUCUGCUAUUUCUUCUAUUAUGUCGAUAAGACAACGCUCUCUUACGCAGCGAUCUUUGGUAUCAAAGACUCUCUACAUUUAGAGGGAACAGCUUAUUCCUGGCUAUCGAGUAUCUUUUAUUUUGGGUGGUUAGUCUGGGCAAUUCCGUCCAACCUUAUCAUGCAACGACUUCCCCCUGCUUGGUAUCUUUCUUUCAAUAUUUUCAUGUGGGGAAUACUCCUUAUGUGUGAAGCCGCUUCAAAGAAUUUUGCCACUCUAUCUGUUCUAAGAAUCCUUUCUGGGGCCUUUGAGGCUAUUGCAGAUCCAGCCUUUAUGCUCAUAAUAUCCACCUAUUAUACACGCGAAGAACAGCCGUCCCGUAUCUCAGCAUACUACCUUUGGAACGGCAUUGGUGUGGCCGGUGGUGGUCUUAUAGGUUAUGGAAUCGGCCAUAUAAAAGGUGCUCUAGAGUCAUGGCGUUAUGAAUUCAUCGUAGUUGGUGCCAUCUGCUCAUUCUGGGGGAUCGUUCUGUGUCUUUUGCUACCUAACUCACCUGCCACAUUUUGGGGGUUUACUCAUGACGAAAGAUUAAUGGUAAUAGCGCGCAUGCGCCGCAAUCAGACAGGUAUUGAGCAACGACAAAUCAAGUGGGAUCAAAUUAAAGAGGCAUACUUGGACUACAAAACGUGGCUCUUCACACUUCUUGGUUUUGUUGCCAAUAUUCCAAAUGGGGGGAUUUCAAAUUUUUCCACUCUGGUGAUUGAGGGCCUUGGUUUUGACACUUUCCACACAACGUUGCUUGGCAUACCACAGGGGGUCAUAGUUGUUAUUUGGAUUGUACUUGGAGCAGUGGCAAAUAACUACCUCCCAAAUAACAGCCGCACUCUAGUCUGUGCACUAUUCAUGCUUCCAACUAUUGCCGGUGCUCUAGGGUUCCUUCUUGCACCUGUCGAUGCAUAUGUUGGCCGACUAAUCUGUUUCUACCUCACCGGAUCAUACCAAGCCUCUUUUGUACUUUCUCUAUCUCUCAUAACUUCAAACACAGGUGGCCAGUCAAAAAAAAUGAUUGUCUCCGGAAUGAUUUGGUUCGGCGUGUGUAUCGGUAAUAUCGCCAGCCCUUUUUUCUAUAAAUCGAACCAAGCACCGACAUAUCGCUUAGGUAUUGGUUCAUUGCUAGUAUCUAACUGUAUUGAAUUCGUGCUCUUCUUUGUCUUUCGCUAUGCCUUUAUCUGGGAAAAUCGACGGAAGGAAAGAGCAAGGCAAGCCUUGCAGGAUAUUAACAGGGAAGAUGGGGCUACCCUCAAUUGGACAGCUUUCACUGAUUUGACAGACAAGCAAAACCCAAACUUCGUGUAUGUAUACUGA